CCAGCCCUGGAUACCCGCCCCUAUGGAAAGGACCUACAGAAGAACACUUCCUUGAUUUCUUACCUACGAUGGAUUUUAAAAAGUCACCUGAUGGUGGAUGGGGCUGGGUGAUUGUGCUUGUCUCCUUUUUCACUCAGUUUUUGUGUUAUGGAUCACCGUUGGCUGUUGGAGUCUUGUACAUAGAAUGGCUGGACAUCUUUGGUGAAGGAAAAGGAAAAACAGCCUGGGUCGGAUCCCUUGCAAGUGGAGUUGGCUUGCUUGCAAGUCCUGUCUGCAGCCUCUGUGUCUCCUCCUUUGGAGCAAGACCUGUGACAAUCUUCAGUGGCUUCAUGGUAGCUGGAGGCCUGAUGUUGAGCAGUUUUGCCCCCAAUAUCUACUUUCUGUUUUUUUCCUAUGGCAUUGUUGUAGGACUCGGAUGUGGAUUAUUAUACACGGCAACAGUGACCAUUACAUGCCAGUAUUUUGACAGCCAUCGAGGCCUUGCCCUUGGCCUGAUUUCAACAGGUUCAAGUGUCGGACUUUUUAUAUAUGCUGCUCUGCAGAGGUUGCUGAUUGAGUUCUAUGGGCUGGAUGGAUGCCUGCUGAUUGUGGGUGCCUUAGCUUUAAAUAUAUUAGCCUGCGGCAGCCUGAUGAGACCCCUCCAGUCCUCUGAUUGCCCUUUGCCUGAAAAAACAGCUCUGGAAAGUGUACCAGAUCAAUACUCCAUUUACAGCGAGAAAGAAAAGGACCUGGAAGAAAACACAAACAUUCCUGGAAGGAGCUACGGUGCUGAGGAAACUUGCAAGAGCGCCUUAGCCAGUGGUGGCCAGAAGCAGGAGAGCCUACUUCAUAAAAACCCAACAACAGGGGCGCAUACAAAAGAGGCCGAGUCGUACAAAAAGAAAGUUGCAGAACAGACAUACUUUUGCAAACAGCUUGCCAAGAGGAAGUGGCAAUUAUAUAAAAACUACUGCGGAGAAACUGUGGCUCUUUUUAAAAACAAAGUAUUUUCAGCGCUCUUCAUUGCUAUCUUUCUUUUUGACAUCGGAGGAUUCCCACCUUCAUUGCUUAUGGAAGAUGUGGCAAGAAGUUCAAAUGUGAAAGAAGAAGAGCUUAUUAUGCCUCUUAUUUCCAUUAUUGGCAUUAUGACAGCAGUGGGUAAACUCCUCUUGGGGAUACUAGCUGACUUCAAGUGGAUUAAUACCUUAUAUCUUUACGUAGCUACCUUAAUAAGCAUGGGCCUGGCCUUGUGUGCAAUUCCAUUUGCCAAAAGUUAUGUCACAUUGGCAAUACUUUCUGGGAUUCUAGGGUUUCUGACUGGUAAUUGGUCCAUCUUCCCAUAUGUGACCACAAAGACUGUGGGAAUUGAAAAAUUAGCCCAUGCCUAUGGGAUAUUAAUGUUCUUUGCUGGACUCGGAAAUAGCCUUGGACCACCAAUUGUUGGUUGGUUUUAUGACUGGACCCAGACCUAUGACACUGCAUUUUAUUUCAGUGGCUUCUGCGUCCUGCUGGGAGGCUGCGUCCUGCUGCUGGCCGCCCUGCCCUCCUGGGACACGUUCAACAAACUGUUGCCCAAGCCGGCUCCAACAACCUUUCUGUACAAAGUUACCUCUAAUGUUUAGAGGAAUGCUGGAAGGCACUACAGACUUUUCUCAUAGCAAGAUUUCACUGUGGCUGACUCUGAAUGAAAAAAAAAAAAUUUUUUUUUUAACAAAUCCCGUUCUCUAUGUACUGUAUAUGUAGCUUCUAUCUCUUGUAUAUAUUUUUUCCC